AUGAGUGUACUAACGUCGAGGUCUAGUAACGACCAUAUCGUUCCAUACGGAGUCGACUGGAGCAUUCGUGCUCAUCCUUCAUCUCAUUGCUGGUUUCCUUUUACAUCCGAUGAUUCAUCGACUGUUCAGUCAUGUGCCUACAACUCAUGUGGCAAGGGGCACCAAACAGGUCUAACAGCACUUCUACAAUGUCAAUCAUGUGAUGUGAUAAUACAUGCAUAUCAUUUGACUAAUUCAUCCACAACAAAUGAUGACUCCAUUCAAUCAUGUCGACCAUCAUUUUUCGAUAACAAAGAACAACAAAACGCGCCCAUGGACAGCGAAGACAAUGUGCUGCAAUCGGAUAAACAUUUUUGGUCGCAUGUGUCAAAACUUCUAGAACCGUGUUUGCAUUGCCAACUAACAUUUGUGAUAUCUCCCUUGGACUUUGUUGACCAGAUGAAAUCGAUGAUUAAUGAUACACCAGAAACAUUGAGUAAUGAUCCGUCGAACGCUUCACAUGGUCUUGUUUGCUUAUGGUGUUUUCAAUGUUAUCAUCAUUCAUGUUGGGAACAACUUACUCCUCAAAAUCAACUUCAAUGUGACUAUGGUAUCUUUCAAAAUAUAAUUGUACGGCCACAGUGGCUCAUUCGUUCGAGUGAAUCUUCAACUGGUUUCAAAGCACAAGUAGUGUCGUAUUCAAAUAACAGUGAUAUCAAGCCAAAUGCAUUUUCCUAUACACCUGUUCUUGUUUUCAUAAAUAAACGCUCUGGUGGUCAAGUUGGCGAGAAAAUAUAUCGAGAACUCUUACGAAGACUCAAUCCACGUCAAGUAUUUCUUCUGGAAAACGAUGAUACAAUUAUUCAUGCUCUGAAUACGUAUUCUUCGCUACCGAAUCUGCGUAUUUGUGUAUUCGGCGGUGAUGGUACUGUUGGUUGGAUUUUUAGUCGUGUAGCCGAGGCCUAUCCACUAGGAAAUAAUCCUCCAGUGAGCAUUUGUCCAUUGGGAACAGGUAAUGAUCUUUCGAGUGUCCUGGCUUGGGGUGAAAAAUACGAUCCGAAACGUCAUUUCCAUACACUUCUACAGACUUCGCAAGCUCAAAUUGCUGUACUUGAUCGUUGGGAAGUUCAACUUGAAGAAAACCAUAAGGUAGAAUUAGAUUCGAAGACAGAAGACUGUGAUGAAAGUAGUUGGAAAAUCGCUCCAAGAUUUCAACCAUUACU